AUGGUGUGCUACCUAUACUGGGCUCUGCUGGCGGAAAGAUACACGGUGGAGGUGCGGCGUCCCAUCGACCUCACCACGGUGGCUAGGCGAGUCAGGAGAGGCACGUACGACAACUCCGCGGGCCGGCUGAGGCGCGACAUCGCCCGCAUCUUCACCAACUGCGAGAGGUUCAACAUGUGCAGUGGUCAGCUCUUCGUCGGCAUCGCGCGUCAUCUGAGGGUGAGGGAAGCGGUGGCCCGCGUUGUGGGGGCGCUUUUCGAAUCAAUGUGGGCGGAAUCCGACCUGCCGUACCCUGGAGAGAGCCAGGCCACCUCGCACCGCCGACGCGCCGCGCUCCGCACCGCCAGGUACCGCCUAUGCUGGCGGGCGCAGCUGCGGGGCCCCCUCCGCGAGGCGGCCCGGCAUGCGGUCCGGGCGGCGAGCGCGGCGGCUCUCGCUGCCGGCGGCCCCGGCGCGAACGGGGUGUCGCGGGAGUUCUCCGAGGACAUCCUGCCGAUGCUCUCCGGGGAAGGGGAGGAGAGCAACGAGGAGUGGACCCUCGGGCUUUUCGCGGAGCGGGCGUGCCUGGCCCUGGGGUUGCGGGCGAACCAGCCCCCCCCGGUGGAGGAGGCGUGUCCGGGCGGCGGUGGCGGAGCAGCAGCCGCCGCCGUCGCCACCGCCGGCGAGAAGGCCGGGCGCGACGCCUGCGCGGAUUGGCUGUUCGGCCCUCGACAGGCCGCCUGGCUGGCGGCGGAGACGGCUCCCGCCGGAGAGAAGCGGGACCCGGCGUCGGCGCCGCCCCCCGUGGCGACCGCCGCGGUGGUGUCGGCGGCGUGGCGGGCCCUCGACGGCGCGCUCUCGCCGGCGACGGUUCUGGUGGCCUCCAACGCGGCGCGGGGCACCCCGUUCUCGUCCGUGUGGGCGCGGCCGGACAAGCUCGUCUGGGCCAAGCAGGCGAAGAACACGUUCUGGCCGGCCAUGUUGCUGUGGGGAAGCGGCACCACGGCGGCCCUCAAGGAGGUGAACAUGGGCAGGGUGCCCCCGGCGUUCCGGGAGGAGCUCGAGAAGCAGGCGAAGGGAACGAAGGGAAACAACAGAAACGGCGCGGUGGUGGAGUUCUUCGGGUUGCAUGAGUUCGCCCUGCUGAAGCCGGACGCUCUGAGGCCACUCUCCACCCUCGACAAGAGCCCAAACAAAACGGUGUCUAAGAAUAAGCGGUGGGACCCAACGAUGGAGGAGGCUAGGAAGGCCGUGGUCAACCUGAGGGAUCUCGAGACAACGAUGUACAUGCCGCAGCCGGAGCCCCCGGCAGGACUGAACGGGUUCACGAUGGAACCUUCGAGCGAAGAGCUCCACCAGGCGGGGACACCGGCCUCCGACACCGACACCUCUAGCGGGGAGAGCACCCUCGAAUCAGACACGGAGUCCAACGCGGAUUUGGCGUCGCCCCCCACCGCGGAGUGCUCCUCCUCCUCCUGCUCUCCCUCCUCGUCCUCCUCGCCCUUUCCUGCUCCUUCCUGCACGGCAGCCGUCGCGGGACCGGCGUCGUUGGUAGUGGGCCCGCACCGAGACUCCCUCGGGGGCGGGGGGGCUCCGUCUUCGCUGACGGCUAUGUCUCCCCCGCCGCCCCCGUCCCGAGCAUCGCCGCCGCCGGCGGUGACGGCGGCGACGGCCGGUGGGGCCGGGGUCGGGGCUGGAACGAUCGGGAGCAGUGCGCCUGGCGCCGCGGGCGGCGGCGGCGGCGGCGUGGCCGGCAAGCCCGUGGGACCGGUGAAGCGCAAGCGGAAGCCGCUGACGGAGGAGCAGAAGCACGCGCGGAAGAUUAGAAGUAGAAAGCUGAUGCUGGAGAAGCAGCUGCUGCGGGAACAGCAGCGGCAGCAGCAGCAGCAACAGCAGCCCACGGCCCCCCCGGGGGCAGGUGGGGCACAUGCCGCUCCCACCGGGACCCCUCCGCUCCCCCCCAGCUUUGCGGCGAGCCGCGAGGGCUUGAACGCGGUGGGAGGGGGGAAAGGACGGAGCGGCGGUCUACCGGCGUGGAGGUUGGCAUUAAAACGGCCGCUGGAAGAGCUCACCCCGAAGGAAAGGGCCUUGGAGAAGGUCUGCAGGUACCUGGAUAAGUUCGGGGACAUGUUCUCGCCGCAGGCGCAGAUCAAGGCAGCGGCGGAAGCGCGAGACAAAGACAAGGCGGCUAUGCUCGGCGGGAGAGGCCACAACAACGCCCCAUCUGCACCUGCGGCGGCCGCGGUGCUGGGACAGACCGGGCUGUGGGGGAGCCUGAUGGGCGCGCCGGCAAAGGUUGAGGAGGAGACGGAGAGCACGGACGGCGAAGAUGAGGACAUCGGCAUGAUCGACUCGGAGGGGCCGAAUAAAUGCGCUGACCGCAAGGCUGCGCUUCGACGGCAACAGGAGAUCCUCAGGAAGGACAUUGAGAACUUGCACGCCCGCGCAGUCCUCCAGGAGAAAAGGCUGAACGGGCUGGGAGCGGCCAUCCCCCCGCACGCCGCGCGGCAAGCGAAACGGGACCGGGAGUGGAGGGAGUUCCUCGACAGGCGGACGAGCGACUCCUCCGCCGCUACCGCUGCUCCGCGACCGUCGGCUUCUGAGGGGAGCGCGAAACACCCUCCAGCUUCCCCCACCGCCAGUGGGACUGCAGUCCCUCCCUCCUCCGGUGCAGCUGCCGCCGGGGCAACUCAAGCCACCCCUUCCUCCGCCAACGGGGGCGACUCGGGCUCAUCCCCUGGUUGCUGUUCGUUGUCUCGCGGGAGCGGUGACCGGGGAGGCGGCGCCGCCGGCGUGAGUUCGUCUUCGCGAGCGUACGGGAGUUCGGCGUUCCGCGGUGUUAACCUGAACGGCAACCGCUGGUUGGCGCGCAUUUCUCAGGCAAGUGGCGACGGGAAGAAGAAGAGCCUCGGCGGUUACGCCACCGAGGAGGAAGCGGCGAAGGCCUACGAUCGCGCCGCCUUGGAGCUGUUCGGGCCUAGCGCCGUUACCAACUUCAAGGACGGCAAGCGGGUGCAACUGGAGGGGAGGAGUCAACGAAGCGGCGGCGGCGGGUCGGGGGGGGGGUGCAAGCCCAAGCCUUCCCCGGCAGCCAGACCGGUAGACGCCGCCAAGGAACCGGUCGAACGACCACGCGAGGACCAAGACAGCGGAGACGCGGUAAGCAGCCAGGAGGCAUGCUCGACUCCGGCUAAGCCGCCGGUUUCCAGCGCGGAGAAUACGCCCGACAGGCUUGAAACCCCGCCGGAGGCGGUGGCGGCGGCAUCUGCUGAGGAAGCCAACGGUGGUGCUUCGGCCCCCGAAUCCGAGAACGUCGACAUCGGCGGCAGCACACCAAGCGACCCCCCUUUAGGGGUGAGGGCAGCUGACCACGCUGACGAAGAGGAAAUGGACGUCGUCACGCCGGCGGCGACAGCGGUGCCCUCUCCCGAGAAGGUGGUGCCGUCGUCGGCGCCCGAGUCUUUGUCCGAGCCGGGCGUGCCCCCGGGGUACGUUUCCGUUUUCCAGGGUCACUCGGCGCCGGUGGUUGCCGCUGCCGCGGCCUAUGCCAAUCCCGGUUUCGCGGCCCCGGCGCCCGCGGGUUCUGCGGACACCGUGAUGUGGCCGGGGCCAGCGCCGGCGGGGCACCCGGGGUUCAACCCUUACGGCGCGGCCUCGGUGGGAAACGCGUACGGCCUGCAGUACGGCGGGGCGCCCGCGGGGUACAGGCAGGCGCACCACUCGCCCACCGGCAUCGCCUCGGGGCUGGCAGCGGCAGCGGCGGCGGCGGCGGCAGCCGCUGCGGCCGAGCACAACCAAGCGCUCAUGAACGGCAAGGGGCCACCGGCGGCGUACCCUGCCGCGGCCCGGGGCUACGGGAUGUACGGCGCUCACCCUGUGUUCUUUCACGGGCAGCAGCCGGGGUCGUCGGACGGGGCUUCAGGCUUCGCCCUGUCCGCGCCAUCGGCGAUGCCGGGGAUGACGCAGCAGCCGGGGACUCAGCCGGACCAGAAGUCUGUGAACCCCCCGCCCAAGGCGCCGUCUCCGCUCACCGUCGCCGCCCCUUCGUCCGGUGGCGCUGCCGGCCAAGGGUACUCCCAAGCGGCGCUUGUGAAUAUGCAUGCCCGACAGCAGUACGCCCAGCAGCAGCACGCCCAGCAGCAGCACGCCCAGCAGCAGCACGCCCAGCAGCAGCAGCAGCACAGUCAAGGGGGGCACCUGAACGUAGCGCAGGCGGCGGCUGCGGCGCAGGCCGCCGCGGAGUGUGGUGGUCCCGGCAGCCCGGCGAGGUUCAUGUACGCAGCGGCGGCGGCGGCGGCAGCGGCAGCGGCGGGGGGGGCACCGGGUGGCGUCUAUGCUCGCGACACCGGGGGUGCCGUGCAUCACCACUACCCCGGGGGCGCGGGUCCGGUGCCCCUGGUGGCGGAGCAGAGGCAAGAGCGGCACCAGGCCCUCGCACAGCAGCGGCAGGAGGAGCUGACGCUCGCGGCCCAGCAGAGGUUCUACGACGAGUACAGGCGAGCCAAUGGUCUCGAGUCUCGCGGGGGCCAGGCUCCGCGCUAGAGUGCGAAGGAACGAGGCGGUGAGAGAGAGGAUCUUGACCGGCAUAGUCCAAGUAGGGUUUUUUCGCGAUCGCGGCGCUCGAAAGGGCGGUUUGUCCGCGCACGAGAUUGACUCCCUUUGUCGGACCAGGCUUGUGAGAGCUUGACCGCCUUAGUCUGACCGGGGUCUUCGGCUAUCGCAGCGUCCAAAAUGGCGGAUAGGCUACGCAAGACGUGAAGUCUGUUGAGACGAAACUGGCCCCUCGCGCGGAUGACGCGUGUGUGUGUACCUCCGGGCAGUUAGUGCACGGAUUCCAACUCUCGGCGCGUUUUUUUGCCCGAGAAUCGCGAGAGCGCAAGGAGAGCAAACGCAGCGCUGCGGCUGACAGCAUAGAGGGGUUGAGUCAAGCGUAAAGAUCAGGGGGAGCACGAGGGUGUGAUCGUUAGUGUCGUGCCGCUCUGAGGAUGGGUACCACGGUUAGAGUAGGAGGGGCCGUGGAGCCUCCUGUCUUUGGCAGCAACACACCGCACGCAGCAGUAUAUACGACGUGGCAGCGCUUGGUUGGCCUGAGGGCAGCAAACAUGAGCUCAACACGCCAGAUAGAGAAAUACUCGAGGCGACACAACAAAUGUCGGUAUUGAUGAUACCGCUGUAACUGUCGUGAGAAUUAGUAGCUUAUGUGUUGUGCCGGGUAGGCGAUCGGUUAGUGUAUGAACGAACGAACGUGAUCUUGAUGUGUUGAACGGCUGAUAGGCUUUCCAUGUUUUUUCGAUUACCUGUACGUUAUUUUAAGGGUGGUGGUGUGUGUGGUUGCUAUCUCUAGGGGCGGUCGCCGUUGAGGACGUACUGUACCGUGGUGCCGCUGUUAGGCUCUCACGCGUCGGGAGGGUAGAAAGGAGACCUCAUUUUGCUGCGAAAAAGGUGGACGACGACGCACCAAAACAUGUAAGCGUAGCUCAGUCAGGCGUAUUGUGGCGUGGCUCGAUGUUGAAGCGUAUUCAGUGGUACUUGAUGAGCACGUCAAUGCAACCGUCAGCAAGAGUGGUUCAGCAUGCUCGGUGCGCUUUUGCGUGUGUUCGGGUUCUCGACAUCCCCCCGUGUGUACUACUCUGCUGUAGAGCGGUUUUGAGUUCAACACUGUUGUACCAAGUCUACUCUGAUGACGGCGUUUCGAAAAUGAAGCGACACUUUUGGCCUUGUUCGUCUCGAUGCGAAGUUGUUGUUGUUGUGGUGGUGAAAGCAACGUUCCCAGCACAGCCUUAGCCUUCCCUCGCCGGAAAGCUCCUCCCAACAUGCGGAGCUGGGAGAGAACGUGGAGGGAGGAGAGCGACAUGAUGGCGCGUGCCUUCGGAAACGGAGGACUGGCGAGGGAGAAUUGAGUACAAUAGAACAAGGAAAUAAAUAGCUACAACUACAGGUUUGCGUUGUCAGCGGAUGUUUUUCGAAGACACUCACUCGUUAGCUGCCCGACUCGGAGGGGGGGCGGACGUUUACGAUUUGUUGUGAGAUAUCCGCGGGUCACUGUAAGAACGGCUGGGAAAUUUUGCCGAUCCUGGGAAGUGUAACUUUUUCGAAUAUCUAGGAAUUUGAAUCCAGGUGUAAAAGAAUCACCCUACAACAUUACAACGCCCUGGAUACACUGCAAAAUGAGCCAGACAGAAGCGAGAAGCAGGAAGGAGUCUGUUGUGGAUGAUGGAUCAUACCUUUGGGGGGGGGGGAAGUUGCGAAUUUGAGAACGAGCGAGAGAGAAGCAGGAAGGAGUAGAUACCAUCGGGGGGGAAGCUUGCGAAUUUUCUGAUCAUAAGGUUCCACGAUGUAUUUAGUGAGUGGUGCACGUUGCUCUUUUCGGCGUGUACGAAUGGAUGGGUGAGACACACAAGAAG